AUGAAUGCCGACACCAGCAUCUACCGGGGCUCCAUCUACGAUGUGUCCUGGGUGUGCGAAGGUGGGUGCUCGGAGGAGCCCGGGUACGAGCUGAUGUUCCUGGAAACGGACGCCAAGCGCUGGGCCCGCGGGCCCAACGGCCCCUCGGGCAGCGAGCGCCCCAACGGCGAGGGGUACACCUCCGGGGAGUACGCGCUCUUCACGCAGCAGUCCCUGGACUCUUGCAAGAUGCUAUGCAACGAGCGGUACUGGUGCGCGGGCUUCGGGUUCAAGCACACCGACUCCUUUGGCGAUGAGCCCGACUGGCAGGAGGGAACCUGUCAGUUGGUGAGCCAGCUCGUUGAGACGACCUCGCACGUCAAGAACUUUGACUCUUACAAAAAGGCGGGUAUGUGGAAGACCUAUGGGCGCAACUCCGGGUGCCGCAUUGACGAGUAUGACCAGUCCGAGGACGGCGUCGGCACUGUGGAGAGGCUGCAGCGUGUCGGCAUGCUGGAGGCUUGCAAGGUGAUUUGCCAAAAGAAGAAUGGAUGCAAAGGCAUCGAGUACUUCCUGGAGAAAGGGGAGUGCGAGCUGUGGUUCACCAACAUCGGCACCUCCGCCGGUAUCUCGGGCAAGGAGUGCCUGAUCUUCGACGACCAGCAGGGCAAGUUCGAGCGGAUCGGGGGCUUGGGGUGCGGCCACGGCGGCAAGUGCGGGAGCUCCAACCGGCUCCACAUUGGCGCCAAUGGGGAGGACUGGGACCACGCGACGCGGGAGGGCGCCAUGGAGGUCUGCGGCGCCAAGUGCGAGAGCUCGGAGUCCUGCGGCGGCUUCAACUACGUGGAGGGCCACAAGAAGUGCUACUACCGGAAGUCCGCGACGUGCAACAAGAAGAAGCAGAGCGACAGGGACUGCUUCGUGCGUCGCGGCGAGGUGCCUUCAGACGAGCGGGCCACCACCACCACCACCACAGAGGUGUACUUCAGCGGAUGCUUCAUGAACCAAGGGUCGAAGAGGAAAAAUAACCGGGAGCGUGGCUCGCAGUCCAUGCCCUCGUGCGCUGCUCUGGCCAAGAAGCGUGGCAUGCUGUACUUUGGCAUGGAGUACCCACAAGGCUACUCCAAGACUGGGGAUGCUGAGUGCAUGACGCUGGACGAGGUGCCCGACAUGGACUCCGCCGAUGACUCCGACUGCGACAAGGAGACCUGGGACAAGAAGGGCCUGGGAAAUGCGCAUCGCCUGGCGGUGUACUCCCUCAUCAAGGUCUGCGCGUCGAGGUCGGUAGAGGUGGAGAGGACCCCGGAGUUCAAGUGUCGGAGCAGCGACUACUGGCACGGCUGGAGGCGCAGCAGCGACUGCAGCGCGCAAGUCACGCGGCAGUCAGACGUUCGCCACUGGAACUACGGCUAUGGCGUCCACUUCCACCAGUGGGCCGAGAUCACCCUGCCUUAUGCAAUGCAGCUAGAUCAGUUCGACGUCUACCACUGGACUGGGAUGCGAUGUUGGUACGAUGUCCAGUACAAGAAGGGCACGAGCUGGCGCCGGGCCUGCCGCCUGAGGAGCUGGGGCGGCGGCAUGGAGGCGUGCCGCUCCUUUCCCAAGGGAGGCGUGCAGCAGGUGAGGAUUAUCAAGGGCUACCACACCCGAUGCCCGGACAGCUGGUUCCGGCUCACGGGCGUCAGCGCCUACGGCAAGUCCUGCCAGGCUUGCCCGCGCCAAGUGCUGGACACCGACGAGUCGGAGCGCCACUACCACUCUGUGUACAAUAACGACAAGAAGGGCUUCGGCCAUGCCCAGUCGCGGCUGGACUCACCGGCCGCCUGGAGCUGCAAAAGCAACCGCAAAGAUGCUUGGAUGUCCUUUGAUCUUGGAGCCAAAUACGCAGUUCAAGGCGUCAUCACGAAAGGGCGCGGCAACAUGGAUCAAUGGGUCACCAGCUACAUAGUGCAGUACAGUUCCGACAACAAGAACUGGAAGAACGCGCCCGGCGGAUAUGGAGGGAACGUUGACCGGAACACGCAGCGCACGGUCUCCUUCCUUCGCCCGGUGUCUGCACGCUAUGUCAAGAUCGUGGUCAAGUCCUGGCAUAUCCACGUCUCCAUGCGCGCGGCCGUGAUGAUCUGCGACGCCCUGCUGCCAGUGGCGGAUGUCGGAGGCCGGCUUACGUCGGCCCUGUCCACUUCCUGCUCGGGCAUAGACAUGUGGCGCUACGUCCACGACGAUGGAGGAUUGACCUGGUUUUCCAAGAACUUCGUCUACUAUGAGGGCGACUAUCGCAUUGUUCGCUACAACGCAGGCAAUACCUUGACCUACAGCUCCAGCUGGCGAACGCACAUGGAGUCGGUGCAUGCGGACCCCCACUCCGGGCAGAUCUACCACCUCCGGAACUCCGGGGGCGGCAACUUGGCCUCCUACCAGACCUUCCGGUACGUGAGCUGCUUGAGCAGCAGCCUGGGCCGCAAGAGCACCGUGCGGCUGUCGCAGGAUAUCUCGAUGAACUGGUAUCGCGUCUUUAUCGGUGAUGAGGAGCUGGUGGUCUUGGACCGGAGCAACAAGUGGGUGAAGGUCAAGUUGAGCUGCUCAGGCACUCUGAAGGUGACCACACUUGUCAACUACAACAGCUUCUCCAUGUACGGCUGCGAGCGCGGGCGCCAGGGAGGUAUCUUGGAGAAUGAUGGCCAGAACUACUGGAUUAUCUACAUGCGUGGGUACGCGUACCGCCGCGCCAUCAGCGGCCCGGCCACGAACCAAGAGACGCGCAUCUCCGGGUACACCGGGGACAGCUGCUCCGUGACGGUGGACUACGUGCGGAACCGCUGGUACUGGCACCGGGAGGGAGGGCACCACCAUGAAGGGGUCUAUACCUGCCCUGCGACCUUCGGGGGCGUUGCCAUCCAGUCGGAAGACAAGCAGUACGACCUUAUCUCCGACAAUGGCGGCACACGCCUCUACUCUGUGCCGAUGCCCAGCAAUGUCUACUCCCACUACCUCGGCAACUGGCGGGCGACCUUCCGCAUCACCAACUUCCAUCGGAAGUGCCCUGCCGGGUGGCAGUACUACAACCGGAACUGCUACAGAUACAUGGGCUGGGGCAACUUCCGAAGCCCGGAGCCCCGGAGACCCGGAGACCCGGGAGCUGGGGCCGGGUUUAAGGUUUUAGGGGCCAGCCCCUUUGAGAUGAUCUGGUGGGCAGGGUGA